CUAAUAAAACAGGAAGUUGUCGUUCCACCUGGACAACAAAGAUACGAGGCUGUAGAGGAUCUAAACGACGGAACGCUCUGGCGAGCAGGAUGCGUCUUUACUAGACUUGUCGUGUUUAUUCUUGCCUUCACUGAAAAUCAUGAUUUGAUUUGUGUUUCAGAAGGUUCUGAGGAGGAAGAAGGUCUUUAGUCGUGACAAAUUGUCUGGCGUUCCUGGUCGCCAUAGAAUCAACAUCAGCUGUUUAUUAUUUAUGAUUUGAUUUCUAAGUUGAUUUUUUGGUCACACCCGUGACAUCCCCUCUACUCUCUACCCGAUUUGAACAGGCCAAGUAAUCAGUCGAGAAUCGAGAGAUCAUAUCUAGGUCUAGAUCUAAAAUCUAGUGUGUUAGUUAGGCUACUUCCAAUUCCAGGUGGACGAGGAAGCUGUUGACAAAUCUGUGAUGCGCUGGUUUUCUGUUUUUCGUGGUGGAACGUCAAAUGGAUGGACACCAGUGACCAAUUCAGACAACCGUCAUGGAUCGGAUAUGGAUGAGCUCAUGUGCAUGGCAUCAGGGGAGUACGCUGAAGAAGACCGGACACAGGGUAUGAGCUACCCAUCUGGGGCUGUUGUGUCUGACUACACGGCCGAAGAUUUGGGAACUGAGCCUGUCUUCUGCAGAAAUGGUAGAGAGACAGCAGAACCUCCUAGAGAGUCAUUGAUGCAGGGCUCCUCCCACGCAGACGGAAUGCUCUGCAAAGUGUCGUGUGCUUGCUCGCGACCAAAGCUGACUUUUCCCCGGGCCCGGUGGUACUUGGUCCUGCUCUCAUUCUUCACGGCCAUUUCCUUCAUCGCUUUAAGCGUUGGGCUCGGCUACUACAGUGUCAUCGUGAAAGACGACCUGAAGAUCGACAAAUCUGUGAAGUCUUUCAGUAUACCUAACCACCAGGCCUACAAAAAUUUUGAGGCCCUAAUGCUAGCUAGAAAGAACUCUAGUACCAGAAUGCGGCGGGAUACGAGUGCUGCGUCACAACUCUUUAGGUCCAAAAGAGACUUAUUCUCUGUUCAUGAAAGCAGUUUUAAGCCUCUGGCAGGCCAUACGUCAUUUGUAAGGGAGAAAAGAGAUGCUUUAGAUACUUCAAAUCUCAAUUUGUUUGGUUUGGAACCACCACUCGCUUCAGACUCGGAUCACACGGUUUUGUCGAGGUUGAAGCGAGCCGCCAACAAAGUUCGGUGUCUGUUUGAGUUUGAACCCCAGAUUGUCGCCAGGUGGAAGAUGCACGUCAUUUAUCUGGCGCACGGAGACAACGACACAAACAUGUUCACAAAGGAGCGCCUCGAGACAGUGCAUCAAAUCGAAAAACAAAUUAUUGAGCACCCGGGGUUCAGAAAAUUUUGCUACCGUGACCCAAAUUUAGUACGGCACAUUCCUUCGGUUAGGGAUAUGAAUGGAUGCGUUCCCCUGAACUCAUUGCUUACAUAUUUUUAUCCGUCCAAAAAUUCUGAGGGCAAAAUAAUCUAUGAUGGAAUGGGGACCAAUUUAGCGGAUGUAGAUAGUGCCCUGAAACUUGCAAUGAACUAUGAGACGUUCUACUAUUACGUCGAUGACAAGAUAAACAGGACCUUUCAAAAGAGCCACCUUUUGAGGUCAGAAGUUCUGUUUGGAGCCCCGCUUCCAGGAUAUUCCUGUGCUGGAAGCCGUGGGAAAGACCAAGAUGGAAAAUUCAGAGACUUUGUCAUCACUUAUAUAGGACUGUUAUCGAAAGCUUCGACAGACAAAGUUCAAGUCCUGUAUGGUGGCAACGAAAUCUUUGACUACGAAGUCACGUCCACGUUCUGGAGUGACGUCCGCCUGGCCAUAAUCUCCCUCAUCGCCAUUUUUGUGUUGAUGUUGGUGUUGUCUCUGUCGCUGUACCUCACCGUCAUCGGCAUCGUCAUCAUCGGCCUCAGCUUUCCCAUUGCUUUUUUCUUCUACCGGAUUGUAUUCGGCAUCAAUAAGCUGGGCAUUCUGAAUGGAGCGGCAGCGUUCGUUAUCAUUGGUAUUGGCGUGGAUGACGUGUUUGUGUUCAUCAACAUCUACCGCCAGUCGUCGCACCUGAAGGACCCGGUCAAGCGGAUCAUCUACACGGUGACCACGGCGGGAGUGGCCACCUUCUUCACCUCUUUCACCACAGCUGCCGCGUUUGCUGCCAAUUUGACCUCAGCGAUCCCAGCGGUGUACGACUUUGGUCUGUUCAUGUCGCUGAUCGUCUCCUCCUGCUGGGUCUCGGUGAUCGUGCUGAUGCCGCCGUUGCUGUACCUGCACGCUUGCUUCAUCGAACCCCUCGAGAUGCUGCUCUUCUCGUGUUUCUCGUGUCAGCGAGGGUCGAGCAGCGCGGGCGGUCAGCACCACCAGCUGGCUCACUACACGGAACAGCAGAGUGGGGAGAACAGCCUGUACCGGGAGGACGAUGUGGCCAUGCUGGAUGUCAACGAGGCCGAUGGAGCUCCCAUGUGGGAGGCUGAUGACGACAUCUUGCUGAUGGACGACCCCUACAGCGUCUCCGACAACGUGCGGGCUGAGCCUGAUGGGACAGAAGACGUGGACGUGCCGUUGUUGAACACGUCCUCCAGCCCGGCUUUCUCGGGAGCCGACCAACAGCCAGACGUCAGCAACAACAACAUGUGUCUGGGCAGAUUUUUCCAGAAAACUUUGAUGUUCAUAACCAAUCGGAUUGUGAUUCGAGGUCGUUAUGUCAUCAUCGGUUUUUAUGCAGCCGUUCUGAUUGCCAGCUGCGUGUUGAUGUCCCAGCUGCAGCCGUCCACCCACCCGCCCCAGCUGUUCCGGCCCGACACCAACAUACAGCGCCUGCUGGACCUGAAGGCCAACUUGAGCAUCAUCGACACUCUGCACUGCGACCAGUGCUCCGGGCUGUACAAGGUUCACUCUAGCUCCCCUCACCAUGUGUCCAGUUCUAACGUGCACGUUCCUCCCACCCCUCCGAAAAACCGACACGUGUCACCGCUCCCCGCUGACAGUGGCAGGCAUUCAACUCCGAGACCUCCGCCACAUGGCGACGGCGGCUCACGCGGAACAGUCGCACCUCAUGAGGGGACAGGUCAAGGUCAGAACGUACCCCACAACUCCGACUCUAGUCAUGGGGAAAACAACAAAGCGAGUGAUGGAGACGCUUCAUCUUCAGGUGACCAAAAAUCCGUGCUAACCUCGAUGCUUGAGGAUACGCUGGCAAAGCUGUCCUCAAUGUAUGGCUCAGGGUCCUCAUCAUCAACAUCGACAGAUUCAUCAUCUUCGUCCUCACAAGCUUCUCCUCAAAACACUCAUGAUGAUGAUACUGGGAAUUCACAAGAAAAGAACAAGCUCCCCGAUAGUGGAUCCUCGUCCGAUACGUAUGACGGACUUCCGCCACCACCAACAGGGCGUCAAGAAAACAACAAACCGUCUAGCAAUCCUCGCACACACGGCGCCCAAUCUGGCUGGGACCUUCACAACGACGAUUUCAGAAAAGCCUUCAACAACAGCUCACCCCCUCCACCACCACCACCGCUCACCCCUCUCCCCAACCAAACCUCUCCUCACAUCACGCCAUCCCCUAUUCCUGCAGUCUCCUCUUCUCCUCCUCCUCCUCCUCCCUCCAUCUCCUCACCCCCCGCGUCACGUUGCCCCCCACAAAAAUCCAGUGCUUUUGCUGACAUUAUUCGAGCACUGCAGGAAACGGCAGACCACUUGUAUGACUUGAGCAAGACCAAGAGCACAUCCACCGACGAGAACUACAACGUGUGCAAGGAGCAGAGGUGUGGCGACCUCAAAGACCGACCUCUCAUGGAGCUCGGGGCCACCGUCUACGUCGUGUUUGGCGUCAGCCACGUCAACCGCAGCGAGGAGGACGAGGGACACGUGCUGGAUCAGCUCAAGGACACUGUGGUGUUUGAUCCCAACUUCUCAAAGAAGAUGAGUAACGAGUCACAGUUCAGAAAGCACCUUCGUGAGCUGUGUACUGUCUGCCACGUCAUCGCCAACCGCACCGAUCUGGUGAAGGAAGGGAGCGCUCAGUGUCUGCCCUCAGGCAUGUACCGACUGCGGCACCUCCUGGGGACCAUCAAGGAGUGCCAAGACCUGCCCAACAGUCUGUCCAUCUACCAGCACCAGGCGCCGGCCCACGCCGAGGGAGGCAGGGACAGGAACAACCACAUCCUCUGGCUCGCUUUUGCCUUUGAAUCGACCACAUCGGAGGGCCAGGCGUAUUUCCAAGCAUACAAGGAGUACAUGAAGUGGGAGGAGCUGAUGCGACACAUCAAGACCAGCGUCCUGGCCCCGGACUCCCCUCUACACAGCAUGUUCCAGACGUCUCAGUUCUGGACAAAGUCGGCCAAGUCAUUGCGAAUCCAGCGGGCGUCUUUGGCCGUGCGACACAUCGGGGUGGCCAUCUUGUGCUCGGCUCUGACGACGGUGGUAGCGGCUGUGCCCCUCACCCAGACGUUCAUCCAGCCCUUCGCCAAGUUCGGCUCCAUCCUGCUCAUCAACACCACCGUCUCCAUGGUGAUGACCCUGACCCUGGCGGUGGCUUUGAUGGCCGCGUUUGGCCCGGCGCACUACAAAGGCUCGUGGCGCUCGCACGCCACCGCGGCUGUCGUGACGGUGGUGGUGGUGGGUCUGUCGGUUCUGGCGCUCUACAUCAGCACUGUUCUUGGAGCGCACAUUCCUGGACCAUCGGGCUCGAACCUUUUCUCCUCCACUUAGAAGAAGAAAUC